AUGACCACGGGCGGGAGACGCGCGCCCGGCCGGACUGUUGUCAUCGCACUCAUACAGAUCAUCACUAUUAUAUGCCAAGUUCUCACGGAGGAGCCCCGUUUCUCGGAGCCCAUCCCGAAUGUGACGGUUGCGCUCGGUCGUGAUGCGAACUUACCCUGCGUAGUAGAACAUCUUGGCAAUUAUAAGGUAGCAUGGAUUCAUAUAGAUCGUCAAAUGAUACUAACCAUACAUCGCCAUGUGAUCACACGUUUGGCGCGCUUCAGUGUGUCGCACGACAACGCCAUGACUUGGCUGCUGCACGUCAGCCAGGUGCAGCAAGAGGACCGCGGCUACUACAUGUGUCAAGUUAAUACCAAUCCCAUGAUCAGCCAAGUGGGCUAUCUACAAGUCGUUGUCCCUCCCAACAUCCUAGACGAGGAAAGCACCCAAUCAGCUGUAGCAGUGCGUGAAAACCAAAACAUAAGCUUGGUGUGCAAGGCCGAUGGUUUCCCCACACCGAAGAUUAUGUGGAGACGGGAAGAUGGCCAGCCUAUCUCCGUGGAAAGGAGAAAGAAGGUAACCGUGUACGAAGGAGACACUCUUUCCCUGCAACGCAUAAGUCGCACGGAGAUGGGCGCCUACCUUUGUAUUGCCACCAACGCCGUUCCCCCUUCUGUCUCCAAGAGGAUUAUUGUAGACGUUGAAUCCGAAGGUUAA